GCUCCUCGAUUGGCUGGGCGCGCUCGGGUGCUGGCCAAUGAGCGCCUGCCACACUGCAGAUCCGGCCUCUCUUCCGGAGGGGGCGGGACUUCCGGCCGUUCUUUUAGCUUCCCGCUGCGGCGAGCGAGCAAGCGCCACAGAAAGCGAAAGCCGAGGCCUCCUCUUCCUGCGUCCUCUCCGUCUCCGGGUGUCCAUGGAGGCCCUCCUGCUCGCGCUGCUCCUCGCCGCCCUCACGCCCAGGCCGGGCGGGGCCUCCGACGUGCUCGAGCUCGGCGACGACGACUUCGACAGCGGCCUCUCGGACCGCAGCGUCGCCUUGGUCGAGUUCUACGCGCCUUGGUGUGGCCACUGCAAACGCCUGGCCCCGGAAUACGAGUCGGCAGCCACCCGGCUGAAGGGCGUGGUCCCGCUCGUCAAGGUUGACUGCACGGCCAACUCCAAUACCUGCAACAAGUACGGCGUGAGUGGCUACCCAACUCUCAAGAUCUUCCGCAAUGGGGAGGAGUCGGGGACUUACGAUGGGCCCCGGACGGCAGAUGGAAUCGUGAGCCAUCUCAAGAAACAGGCUGGGCCGGCCUCAGUUGCCCUACGAUCUGAUACAUUUGAAAAGUUCAUCAGCGAGAAGGAUGCUGCAGUGGUGGGCUUCUUCAAGGAGCUGUUUGGUGACGCUCACUCAGAGUUCAUGAAAGCGGCAAGCAACUUGCGGGACAACUACCGGUUUGGGCACACCAGUGACGAAGAGCUGAUCAAGAAGUAUGAGCCCGAUGGCGAGGGAAUCUUCCUGUUCCGGCCUCAACACUUAGCCAACAAAUUUGAGGACAGCUCUGUGCGAUACACAGAAGACAAGAUCACCACCGGCAAGAUCAAGAAGUUCCUUCAGGAGAACAUAUUCGGCCUCUGCCCGCAUAUGACAGAAGACAACAAAGAGCUGAUCCAAGGGAAGGACCUUCUGGUGGCGUAUUACGAUGUGGACUAUGAAAAGAAUCCCAAAGGGUCAAACUACUGGCGCAACAGGGUGAUGAAAGUGGCCCGGAGUUUCCUGGAUGCCGGGCACAAGCUCAACUUUGCUGUUGCCAGUUCAAAGACCUUUGGCCAUGAGAUCUCAGAGUUUGGCCUUGACAGCUCCACCGGUGACAUCCCAGUUGUAGCCAUCAGGACAGCCAAGGGGGAGAAGUACGCCAUGCAGGAGGAGUUCUCGCGCGACGGGAAAGCCUUGGAGAGAUUCCUUCAGGAUUAUUUUGAUGGGAACCUGAAAAGAUACUUGAAGUCUGAGCCCAUCCCAGAAAACAAUGAGGGGCCUGUGAAGGUGGUUGUGGCUGAGAACUUUGAUGAGAUUGUCAACGCGGAAGGCAAGGACGUCCUUGUGGAGUUCUACGCACCGUGGUGCGGCCACUGCAAGAAUCUGGAGCCCAAGUACAAGGAGCUGGGGGAGAAGCUCAGCAACGACCCUAACAUCAUAAUCGCCAAGAUGGACGCCACAGCCAAUGAUGUGCCUUCUCCCUAUGAAGUCCGAGGGUUCCCCACCAUUUACUUUUCUCCUGCGGGAAGCAAGCAGAAUCCAAAGAAAUACGAGGGAGGCCGUGAGGUGAGUGACUUUGUCAGCUACUUGAAGCGGGAAGCCACCUACCCGCCGGUCCUGCAGGAGGACGAGAAGCCCAAGAAGAAGAAGAAGUCAGCACCCAAGGAAGAUCUGUGAGGAGGAGGAGGAGCAAGGAAGGGGUCUCGCCUCGACUGUCACUUUGCCUGCGGAGGAGCCCAGUGGCCCAUGAGCGCGGAGGACGGGUCCCUUCAUCCCGCCAUCGCAACCUCCGUCCUUGAAAGCGAAGCGGGGCGGCAGAGGAGGGCUGGGCCAGGGGCAGCACUGCUUGGCUUUGCCUCCUCGCCUCUUGGUCACCGCGCUCGCUGUGGGUGCCCUGGACUGGUUAAUGUUUGUGGGAGGGUGGGGGGCUUGUUUUCUAAUUUUUUGUACAUUUUGAGGAGCGGAUCAAUAAAAUACCCCUUUAGGCCCCCA